AUGUCCCCCGCCUCUAUCCAAAAUGAUCAAGAUACCGACUCCGACUCCGACGUCGAGUUCGAGGAUGUCCCAAUCUCCCUCCCAAGCAGACCCAGAAACAGGGAAGAUACAGGAAUCCCGAUCACCAUCCCCUCACCACAACCACAAUGGACGCCAACUCUAUCACUCCCGCAACAGCGAAGCCAACCUAUCUCCUCCGGCUCCGAGGAAGAAACCCAGAUCCGAGGCCAAAUCAGCACCGGGAUAGAGAGAGUCACAUACCGCAAAAUGAAAUCCGAUAUGGGCAUGGAUGCACCAGAUACACCAAUUUCGGAACGCAGGUAUGAGAGCUUCAAAGAGCUCGCCGCGGAGGUGGAGGGUCUUGUUGAUACACUUUGGGCGUCGGCAACACCGGCAAUUCAAACUGAAGCCCUCAUCACCCUAGCAGGCCUAACCCAAACCUCCCUCCCAGCCUUCCCCUUCGAUGCCCCACCAACCCUAAACAUCCUCCACAAGUUCGACUGCAUCUUCGCAGCGCUGUGUACAGGCACGCAUCCACUUACCGGUGCCGUUCUACCCGGCGCACAACCGGGCCAGUCUGUUGCGACGGAGACGCAGAAAGUGCGGAUCCGGAGUUUGGCGGAGAGGACGAGAUAUCAAGUUUUUUCCUGUUUGGCCAAGUCGGAUGAGAGAGUGGAUGCUGCUACUGCUUCUAAUGGUAAUGCUAAUGGAUAUGGGGAUGAUGAGGACGAGGAUAGUGGCGACGAGGUUGAUGAUCCGUGGAUGUUAGAAGCUACGCGGGUUUACGAGAAAAGUCUUAUGUUGCUUGCGGAGCAAGAUCCUGAUGUGGAAGGGGGUAUGGAUGAGUUUAACUGUUUGUAG